UUUCGCUAAUUCGAUCGGAUUUCGUAAAGGUGAGUUAUAUUGUAUAUAAAUCGCGUAUCGCUUUAAGGUGCAUAUGUUGUAAGGCCGAUCGAUUUAGAAAUAUAUACGCUUCGAAUUCAUCCUUUUUUUUUUUUGAACUUGAUCUGCUAGGGUUUAGAACAAACUAGGGUUUCAAAAAAUUGGGGAAGAAAGCAAUCUUGUUUUGGUGGGGCCCACCUAACAACCAAAGAUUCCUCGAUCUUGUACCAAAAGUCGUAAUCCAUCGCCCCCGGGUUUUUCUUCGAUCUCGAUGCAUGCCGUGUCGAAAGCUCGAGCACAAGGGAAGUACAACUACUAGAGUACUAUCAGCUAUAAGUCGGUACGUACUUCUUAGGAAGUUGUACUAUACACUGUUCCCUUGUUAAUUAUUGAGAAAUUAAUCACUCAUUAAUUAUCUCUAAUUAAAAAAAAAUUAAACAUGUCACAUUGGCCCUUAAUUAGUGAUCCAUACAAUAAUAAUAAUAUUGAGGAAUUCUUGAACCCUCUUGAUGAAAUUCCUAAUUUGGGUGGUGAUGGUUCAUGGUCACUUUAUCAAGAAAUACUACAAUCUCAGACGAUCAUUAAUAAUGUCGAGGGGCAACAUUCAGUGGCACCGCAAUUAUCCGAAAAGGGGUCGAAAAUUAUUAGUAAUGAUAUUAAUAUUAAUUCGAACUCAAAGACGACGAGAAAGAUCAGAAAGAGAAAAAUUAGUGAUAAUAACGACAAUCAAAAUGCAACGACGGUGGAAGAUAGUGCAGAUGAUCAAGAAACCUCGAUUGCGAAAAAGCUUCAUCAUAAUGCAAAGGAGAGAAUCCGAAGAAUGAAGGUUAAUGCUUCUUACCUUGCCCUCCGAUCGUUGAUGCCCGAUUCAAGAAGAUCAAAGAAGAGAUGGAGUGCACCUUCUAUAAUCGAUAGAGUACUUAAUUAUAUUCCGGAGCUGCAAAGCGAGGUGAAAGCGUUGAAAUCCAAGAAAGAAACGGCGAAAUUAGCAGCUAAAGCCAAGAAGAUUAUUAUUGCUAAUAAUAUUCCCACUAAUUCACAAUACGAAAGUCCCGCGGUUUUCCUCAACAGAAUUAAACGAGACGAAGCAAUCAUUCAAAUUUGCAUCGCAAGAUCGGAAGAAAAUCGAGGGUCGUCGUUUACGAAUUUGUUGCAAAGUUUGGAAGAUGAGGGCAUUUGCAUCAAGAGUUCUUCUGUACUUGUUGUAUGUGAGAGGAGGAUCUGUUGCAAUUUACACGUCCAGAUAAACAAUACUACAAGUGGGGGUGACUACAUUGAAGAACUGAGUGACAAGGUGAUUUCUUGGCUGAGAUGAUCGAUGAUCGACUACGAUCGAUCCUCUUGCUCUCUAUUUAGGAAUUAUUUUUAUAUUUUAUUUUCAUUUAGAAAUUGUUUUUUAUUGCAAAAAUGAAG